AUGGUACAAAGAGGAACGCGCAUAGGGCCGCUGCCUGGGCAUCGCCGGGGCGCGUCUAGAGCUGGCGCUGGACGCCGCAGCAUGCGGGCAGCCAGCCGAGCGCGAGGAGCUGUACGAUCACCUAGCAGCCCUCCGCAUCCAUCAUCCCCACCAGAAGGCUUGUUGUCGGCUGGGUCUUCUCGAACUCAGCAAGCGACACCCGCCGCUGGUGGAGCACGUUGCAUGCGUUGGUCACAAACAAUAAACGCAAACGCACUGCGGGCGUACUUUAGGGCAAAAGGGGAAGAAACCGGAGUUUGGCAUAUCGGGCUCGGAUGCAUCGCUUUUUUUGCAAAGCUGGAGCCAUCUCUAUCCGUCACUGAGCAAAACCUGGCAGACCGAGUUCGGUACAUCCUGCGCUCCAACAUAUUUGGUGACGCCGAACUCGAACGACUACGACGUGAGGCUGUUCCCUCAUCGGAUGGAAAUGCUACGGCUGGAAAUGCGGCGCCACUAAUUGCGCAGCAAACUGCAAAUGUGGACGCUGCCGUCAAUAUUCCAUUUGUGGUUGAUUCAGGCGAUGAUGGAAUAGUCCCCCACGAACUAGAGAAAAUGAGGAGCAUAUUGGAAGAGUCGAUACUGGAAACGCGCAGCAUGCCUCUCGAAAAUCGACCGCGACUUCCCCGCAUACCACUUAGCAAGCGAAAUCAGGCUGUCGUGCGGGCUCUUAACCCAAUGCUGGUGACCUAUUUGGAAGCCAGCCGGGACCUUUGUGAGACGGACUCAAUUAUUUUUGGCGCCGCACUGGCAGUAUGCCGUAUUAUUGGCACCAAACUUCCCACGGCUGGACGUGCUACUCGACAAAGUAGCGCCAUCCCAGCCUGGAAAAAGAGAAUUGAGGACCGUAUCGCAAAGGCAAGGGCCCUUAUCGGCAGAAUGACAAGCUUCAGGUAUGGUAAUAAUAGACUGAGAGUUGUGCGCACCGUUAGAAUGGCGUUUGCUGGGACAAAUAUUAGUUUGUCCCAGCCGGAUAUCACGCAGAAACUAACGGAGCGCAUAGAUGACCUGAAGCAAAAAAUCGCUGCUUGGGGGAGCGGAUUCGACAAUUUAGCGAGAGGUCAAGGCGGUUUAACCAGAAUCGUCUCGUUCAGAGUGAUCAGAAGAGGCUCUAUAAAUCAUUGGAGUGACUAG